AUGGACGUCUUCGACCUGUUACCUAGAGCGGAUAAUCUGUACCACGGCUGCGCCAGCGGCAAGCAGUGGUAUGUCUGCAGCAAAGGAGACUACAGCGGCUGCUGCUCCAGCGAUCCAUGCACAACGGGCAUAUGUCCAGAUGACAAUUCGGCUGCUUCGUCGACAACGACAUCAAGCACCAAGUCUUCGUCGACUGAGACGACGACGUCAACGUCAAAGACUUCGACGGAGACAAAGACUUCGAUAUCACCACUGCCAACUACUAGCACGUUCGCAGACGCAACGACUGUACAGACAACUACAUCGACAGCUUCUGCCACCGGUUCGAUCACUGCUCCAGCUCCCGUCGCUACUGCUACUUCGAGCAGUUCACUGAAUACACAUUCUAGCAACCACGCCGCAAUAAUCGGCGGAGUCGUCGGCAGCAUUGCAGCCCUGGCACUGAGCAUCAUCCUUUUCUUUCUCUGCUGGCGCCGCAAAAGGAAACAAGGCCGGAUUCUCAUCGGCUGGCCAAGGAACCGAACCAAUACGUCCAACCAUGAUCCUGAGAUGACUUCUAGUCCUGGUACAAACUUCUCACGGUCUACCAAUGACACCAGCUGUCUGAACACAUCCUCAACCACAGCCUCGGAAUCCAACCCAUCAGAUUCUUCCGCGGGCCUGCUAACAGGAUCGUCCUUCGAGUCGUCAACCCUCAACCAAUCUAACCAACAAAAAACUUCAUCCAAAGACCUCACAUUUCCUCCCGAAACCCACCCAGACACAACAACAACCUGCACAUUCCCAACGGGAGUCACGGCCGAACUCUCCGACACAGGCUUCUGGCGCACGCACUGCGAACUACCGCAUAGCCCGCAAAGAGAACUAAUCAACCUGUCCCUUUCGCAGCGAAGACGCAAAGCCGUGCAGCAGCAGUUCCAGCAGAGCCUAAGCCGGCACCAGCAGAGUACUCUCCAGAGAUGGGAUUUCCCUAGUUCCACUCGCAGGAGUCCCAGGGGUUCAAGUCAGGACUGCCUCGCUAGCGCACCUCCUCUCCAUACGCCGCGACAGAUCAUUACGAAGGAGGGAGUCGUGCUGGGGGCGAAUAUGGAUCGUUACUCGACUGCGUCUGAUUUUACGUCGUCGUCGGCGCAGGCUGGAACUGGGAAGGGAAAGGACGUCCAACAGCAGCGUGCUGCUCAUGACCAUGUUAUGAGUUUUAUGCAGUACGAUAAUGCAACUGGAACUGGUGGACAGAGGCAUGCCGUAGAGCUACCCUGGACUCAGAGGCCAAGCAGAGAGUCGCUGGUUAGGAAGACUUCGACUUCUGGCGCUGUCGCUCCUGUUCCGGCGUCGAAGUCAAUGCCUUCUUUGGCCUUGUUCCAGGAGGACGAGGUGGUCUACUCGCCCAGUGACACGCCGCCAGCGUAUGCAGCAGAGGAGGGUGUGUCACCGAAGGAUGUCAAGUCUCCGUCUGCGACGAUGGGAUGA